AACAUUAAACAUUAAUUUUAUUGUUUAGUCGAUUGGAUUGGUCAUUGUUAGUUAUUCUUGUCUACAUAGCUUUUUGUUUAUAUCGUUUUUUUUCUAAAAGGAAAUUGAAUUAAAUUGAAACAAUGAUCAUAUCGGGAUUACAAUCACAAUUAUUAUCAUCGAAUAGAUUAAAAUUAAUGUUAUUGGCAACACCGGUUCUUAUCGGUUCUGGUUUAUGUCUAUAUUAUUAUUAUUUUUACAAUAAAUUUGAUGAUGAAAAAUCAAAACAAAAGAAAAACAACAAAACAAAAGAUGUGCCCGAAGAUCCGAUUAAAGCUAAAUUGAAUGAAGCAAUUAAACUUAAGAAUAAGGGUAAUGAAUUAUUUCGUAAGAAAAACUAUGAAGAAGCGUUAAAAUUAUAUACACAAGCCAUUCAAUUGUGUCCACCGGACAAACGAAAAGAAAUGUCCACAUUCUAUCAGAAUAGAGCAGCAUGUUAUGAACACAUGAAACAAUUUGAACAAGUGAUUCAUGAUUCGACCAAAGCCAUAGAAAAUGAUAAACGCUAUGUCAAAGCUUAUCUUCGUCGUGGUAAAGCAUAUGAAAUAAUAGCCAACUAUGAAGAUGCAUGCUGUGAUUAUUAUGUAGCAUCUAAUUUAUCACAGUUUCAGAAUUCUGACUACAUGAAUCUAUUGUCCGAAUGUUUGGAAAAAUAUGCUUACAAACGAGCCGAACAAGUUAUGUCCAAACGAAGUGUUUAUACAUUCCAAAAAUAUCUUUUCAAACAUCUUUUGAAUAAAUAUAGUCGCGAUCCAUUGAAACUGCGUGAAAAAGAAAUAAUGAGCGAUAAUUAUGAUUCAAUCAUUAAUGAUUUGCUCGCUCGUAAUGAUGACCUAAACCAAGAUGAUUUGUUACUUAAAGGAUCAAUCGAACUGUACAUUGGCAAACAUGAUGAUGGUCAAAAACGAUUAAUGAAAUUGUUUGAAACAUGUGAUCAUGUUGAUUAUAAAGUGAAUGCUUUGCUCAAAUUAGCUGAACAUUCAUUGCAAAAUAAUAAACUCGAAAAAACUGACCAAUAUUUGACCGAUGCACUUGCUCUGGAUGAUGACAAUCCUGAUAUAUAUUAUAUUCGAUCACAGAUGUACAUUGUUCAACGGAAAUAUGAAGAAUCAAUUCAAGAUUUAAAACGUUCCAUCGAACUUGAUCCAUCGUUUGUUGGUGCCAUUGGUCAACGAUUAUUCAUAAAAUACCAACAAAGUAUCAUGACUAAUAAUUUUAUUGGAAAAGAGCAGAUCCUACAAGAAUUCAAAUCACAAAUCGAACGUUUUUCCACCUCUAACGAGUUAUCGUUGCUUUAUUUUCAAAUUUUAUUAAGCGAAAACAAAACUAGCGAUGCGGCAACCGUCAUUCAAAAAGCAUUGGAUAGAGAACCCGAUGAUCCCACAUUGUAUGUUUAUCGAUCUUUGAUCUUCAUCGAGGAAAGCUCGUUCGAUAAAGCCAAAGAAUACUUGGACAAAGCAUUGGAAUUGGAUUCAAGAUGUAGUUUUGCAUACGAAAUGCUAUCCGAUUUGUGUUCUAAGUUGGAAAACUUUUCUCAAUCUAUCGAUUAUUUAGAAAGGGCUAUCAAUAGUUCGACUACAUUCGAAGAUGUGAAAAAUCUUGUCAUCAAGCAGAAAGCACUUACUAUGCAACUUCAGUUUCAAUCCUUAUGAGGAUAGUGACCAUUGACUGUAAAUUAAAGAAUCGCAUUGGCUAUUUCGAUACAAUUUGGCAAUCGCAUGCAUGUUGUUGCGUGUCAAUAGACAUAAACAAAAAAGUGGUCGUGUUAAUUGACUGACGUUGCCUAAGGAAAUUUUUUGUUUUGAUCAUUUGAU